AUGGAGGGAGAUUCUGUCACUCUAAACGCUGAUCUUACUGCAGUACAGAAAUAUCUGUUGAUUCAGUGGAUGUUCGGAAGCACAAGAAUAGCUGAAGCCGACAGACUCACGCAAACCAACUCGACAUAUGCUGGUCCCGAUGAGAGAUUCAGAGACAGACUGAAGCUGGAUCAUCAGACUGGAUCUCUGACCAUCACAAACAUCAGAACCACAGACUCCGGACUUUAUAAAGUAACAGUUAUCAGCAACGAGACCAGCUACAUGCGUUUCAAUCUCACUGUCUACGAACCUCCACAAAAUACUUCAUCACCAGAAAGAUCAUCAAUCUCCCAUUUGUUGUCAUCCAGCUGUGCGGUAAAUCAUUUAACCAUCAAGCCGACUGAGGACGCCAACAUUACUGAACUCCAUCAGCCAUGUUCAGAUCACAUCCACUGUUGUGGUUUUAUAGAAACUGUGAUCCGAUUGGUCGUCUCUGCUCUGGUGGGCGUGGCUGCUGUUGCUUUCAUUGUUUACGACAUCAGAUCUACAAGAAGUGAGCUGAACAGGACGGAAGAGACUAGAUUUCACUGUCGGAUCCAUGGAGUAAAACCAGACCAUCAGCAUGAAAUGAGCAGCUUUAGUUCCAGAUGUGUUUGCUGA